AUGGAUGCAACAGUUUAAUUGGUAGGCAUUCGAAAUAUCAUCGGGCACAAAAAUCACAUUAUAAUUACUUUGAUCUUUUUAAGAUUUAAAAAAAAAUUAAUUUGCCAAUUAUAAUUUAAAAGUUGCUAAAAUUAAAACAAAACUAUAAUUCACUUAAACCUUCUUUAAAUAUCAAUUUGCAAAAUAUCUUUGUAUUCAAAAUUUUGGGUUAUUAGAAUAAUUGGAAUGGAUCAUAAUGAUUUUUAAAGAACCUUUUGCAUAUCUAUGUUUUAUAGUUUUACAUUUGCUCUAUUAGUUAAAGGAUUUACAUUAACAUCUUAGGAUAGAGUAAAGGUAAUUGAACUUUAUGGAUUAUUUAUUUUUAAAUAUGCAAUUAUAUUUGGAUUAAAUAUUAUAAAGUGA